AGGCGGUAAUGUUGACUACUCAGUGAUGUCAGAAGCAGCCCUGAACCUCGUGUAUAUAUAUAUUUUGAACGUUCAAGUGCUUCAGAAGGAGCUCCGCGAGUCCAGACAGCUUCAGACUUGAGUCUCAGCAUCUCUUUCACCUGCCGUCGGGACAAACUCAAGCCUGUUUUCAGGACAAUAAACCCAAAGAUUUUGAGCAGCGGAAGAAAUAUCCUUAUGGAUUGUUAAGGAAGCGUUGUGGACUGCCGUCUGGAUCACUAUACCUGGAGACUUUGAGGAGACCCGCGCUCCUCUGACAGGACAGAAGAGACGGAGACACAGGCAUCAUUGUCCAGUGAGGAUGAGGACGUUGUGCUCUAGACGGGUUCUGCAGCAGUGGUUCUUUGCUCUGUUCUUACUGUGUUCUCCUGUUCCGCACCACGGCAGGCCCAUCGAUGCCCUCAGCAGCCGAAUGAGGCGUUCAGUGACUCACGCUCAGCUGAUGCAUGAUAAGGGCCGGACGCUGCAGGACAUGAAGAGGCGCUUGUGGCUGCAGACGCUGCUGCAUGAAGUUCACACGGCCGAGAUCCGGGACGUCCCGCAGACCAGAGGAGGCAUGGCCAGCAGCGGAGGGGGCGGCGCCCUCACGGUUGCCAUGCCGAUGGGAGUGGGCAUGUCCAUAGGAACCGGAACCGUCCACCCCAAACCCGCCGGAGGCACCAAGAACCUGCCGAUCAGCUUCCGUCUGGAGGACGAGGAAGGAACCAACCUCCCGCAGGAAACCAACAAGUCCCAGACAUACAAGGAGAGCACGCUGAAGGCCAUCGGGAAGAGGAAGAAGAAAGGCCGCGUGGGGAAGAGGAGGGAGGGGGAGAAGAGGAAGAGGAGGGCUCGAUCGCUGCAGGAGCAGCACUAAAACACUGUCAGUCUUUGACAACGAUCCGUGAGGACAUUUGUAACGGACACCUAAACGUUCAUGUAAAAGUGAGAGGAAAAUAUUUAUUGUCUGUAAAUAUUACAAUGCGCCCGAACAGUGACAAAGACAAAUAACAAUACUGCUAAAGUAUUACUACAGCUCCACGGAGCCACACAUUUGGAUCCUUGUGAAUACUUUGCUUUGUGUCUUUUUUAGUUUUCCUUUUCAUCCUUUUUUAUUUUAAUUUUGUUUUUUAGGAGUAUGCCUCUAUUACGGUUUCAGAAUUCCUGUAAUUUAUUUUGUCUGAAUGGUGUAUUUAUUUUGUAAAUGUAUCAAGGUGCUGCUGACCUUCUAUAUUUUUGUACUAUAAUGCACUUUAGAUAUAUAAGUAUAGAAAUAUAUACAAGUCAUUUUGUUAAUGGACGUAUUUUGUGGUUGAGUUGAAUGAAGAAGACUAUAGUGUGUAGUGUGUUUGCCCACAUUCUGAUUCAAUGUGUGUUCAACAGCUUUGCCAUCCAUGUUUCUGUGACUCUGUUCCAAAACCUAGUGAGCUGCCUAACUAGACAGCAUCUGAAGGGAGCAUAGAUUCAUUCACAAUUCAUCAUUUUGGCCAAAUACGAAAACGUGUCCUUCACAGAUAAUGCAAUCACAGAAUGCAUUGGGAAAAGCUCACUGAAACAUUCAAAAACAUAUUUAAGGCCUAAAUUCAAGAUAAAAUUUUGGAUUACACAGUUACACAGGUACUCGUGAACUUAAUGUGAUGCAUAUUUGUCAAUCAUACAUAAAUGAAACAGGUCAAAAAAAAAUCACGACAUAAUUUAUUAUUAACUAAUUGCAUUUAUUUGUUACUGUUACAGACCUGUUUCAUAUAUGUGUCAAAUUAAAUAGUUUAAUAUUUUAUUAAACCUGUAUAAUCUUAAAUGGUUGGACUUUUUUAUUUUAUUUAUUUUUUAUUUUGUUUAUUUAUUUUCUUUUUUGGAUUGAAGAUGACGGAAAUUAAAUACAUUGCUUGGCCAUGGGAUAAAAUAUGGUAAUUGUGACAUUUUAAUAUCAUGAUUUUAGUCUCACAAAGUUUAUAUCUUGCAAUUUUGACUUUGUAUCUCGCAAUUCUCUCACAACUCUGAGAAGAAGAAGAAGAAAUCUGAAUAUUGAGUUUAUAUCUUGCAAUUCUUACUAUUUUUUUUUCCAGAGAAUUGCAACAAAGAAAAAAAAAAUCAGAAUUGUGAAAUAAAAAGUCAAUUACCUUUUUAAUUUUUUAUUCCAUGGUGGAAACAAUACUAAACAGAAUUGAGUGAUGUAAACUCAGAAAAAAUAAUAUAAAAAAUCUGAAUCAGAGAUUUCUGUGUUUAUGUCUCGCAGUUCUGUCUUUUUUUCCUCAGAAUUACAUGAGUUUACAUCUCACAGUGCAAAUUGUUUUUAUUUUUUUUAUCCCGUGGCAGAAACAAGCUUCAACAGAAUUAAAAGAAAUAUCUAUUUAAAUAUAACUCAUGCAAUAAGUAACCAAUAUUCGUACAAGUUCCAUAUGUUGAUGCUAUUCAGCAUGUCAAACUCAACUCCACCAUUUCAGUCAGGACGCCGCUCACUAGGUUUUGGCGCCGAGCUUUUGUAUUUGUGUUUAUUUUGGGUUUCUCUGCUGCUGACCUGAACGAGCCCCACAUCAUCAUCAUCCUCAUAUCAGCCUCCAGCGCCUCCCUUCAAAACCACAGAAGCAUCUGUACACGAACAGCACACGUUGUAGAAGAACUCUUGUUGUUUUGCACUGAGAGAGAGAAAAAACCCUGAAUGAAUUAAACAUCCGAC